CACCCUCUGUGGCCUAAAGACUGGGGAACCAAAGGACAGCUUUGCUUCUGGCUCUCCUGGGGUGGCUCAAGGGGGUGGGAGUGCCCUUGGCCAUGGGUCCCACAUAUCAGCUAACCUAAAGGGGACUGGCUUCCAGUUUCCUCACACCCAGCAGUUGUCCCAAGGCAAAGAUGAGUCAUCGGGCCACACUCUCACUGGUCUCCCUGGUUUGCCCUGAGGUGGCUGUACUGCUGGCUUUAUGCCAGCCUGGCCUCCUGGGGAGGUGAGCCCAGAGGGGCAGGCCAUGGACACAGAGAAGCAGGUGUUGGGGAGGGAGAUGCCACCCGCCUUGGCACCCAGGAGCUGAACAAGGACUCUAGUCCCUUCACAGCCCCUUAGGCUGGGGUCCAUGUGCUGUGCUUGUCUUUUCCUGUCCUUCCACAUUUCUGGCAUGUUUCAAAGUUCUGAACCCCUUAAUGACAGAUUAGAGGCACCUCUGCAUUGAAAAGGGUUUGUCAUCCUUUAAGUUCAACAAGCAAGUAAAUAGAGAAAAAGUGAGUCGAGUUAGAGAGCCGAAGCCUUGCACAGCUCGCAUGGUGCUGGGCUGCGCCUCUCAUUUCUUGGAACAAAUUUGGUUUACAUCUUUACGUGUUUUAAGAGGAGGAAAAGUCAAUUAUUAGCUCAUCAUAUAAGAGGUCAUUCUAUAACAAUAGAUGAGUGAAUAAACAAUGUUCUAGGUUUGUGGCGUAUCUUCUCCUUACGUGAAGUGAGAAGAGAAGGUUGUGCCUUAUAAACAUUGGGGAAAUGUGAGCAGGAAUUCAAAGGUGACAGUGGGGUGAGGAGUUUUCAAUACAUUAAAACUGUGGGUGGAGGGGAAAAAAGACAUUCCAUGUCUGUUUAAUAUGUAACAUAUGGGAGGAUGAGGGAUGCUUGCAAGAGAGUGUUGGGGAUGCAUGCGGUUGUUACAGAAAGAUGGCCGGUAGAUGUGUGCGCAAGGAGAGUGCUGAUGGCCAGAUUGGGAAACGGGGGUUAAAUCUUCAGGGAAUUGAGGCAUGCUUCCUAACGAGGUGUCAGAUCCCAUCUUCAGCACUCAGGCCAGUGCUGGCAGAUUCUCACCCCAUUCACACAUCCACAAACGCACGCUCCGUGGUCCUAACUCACACUCAGUUACACAAGCAUGCUCACGCCUUCUGUGCCCAGGCCCGCGCUCGCCCUAUGACACUUGGCCAGUCGAUCCCAGGACUAGAACUCCCUGUACAAGAUCCUCCAAGUCCAGAUUCCCAGGGAAACUUGAGUAGAGGUGGAAAAGUGUUUGAUGAUAGAAAAAAAAAUUCUGCUUGCUUGCAGUUCUUGCGACGGCCAGAAUGCUACAAUAAACUGUUGCUUUCCAGAGUUGGAGAGGACGAGGGCAGGCAGGGGGAGGAAGCCAGAGCAAAGAGGCCAGAGAACUUGAAAGACAGAAUCAGAACUCAGGCUGAGAGCGCCCCUGGGGCGGCGGGAGGCCUGGCAGGGGGCGGAGGAGGGCCAAGAUGGGUUAACACUGGAGCGGAGCGUGCGGCUGGGGCGGGCUGGGCCCGGCCCGGACGGGCGCCGGGCGCUGUCCCUUUAAGGCGGGCGGCGCGGACCGGCUAAACGCGGCUGUGAUUGGCGCGGCGGGAUCACUGGCUCCCCAAGCCCGGCCCGGGGGAGUCGGCUGGAGCCCGCUGCGCUUUGAUAAGGUCCUGGCAACUCAGUAAUAACCCGAGAGCCGGGAAAUAAAAAUAACCCCUCAUAGCCGUGGAUUUCGGGACCGCCCAGAGUCCGAGGCGCCCGUCUCCCCCGCCGAAAGCCCUGCUGUAAAAGGACCGUGCGCUCGGCUCGCGCCUUUGAAGUGCACAGUUAAAUCCACAGCGCAGUUUUUGUUGGAAGCGCCCGGAGGACAUUUGGUGCGCGGAGUGACUGCUGGAAACAGGACCUGUGUUGAAAGCCGGGCCGGGCGGGGGCCGGAGGGGCCGGGGGCGGCCUCGGCGGGGGCGGAGGCCCACUCGGAUCUUUUGCAUAAAAGGGGCGGUGGGGCGCGCCGCUUCCCCCUCCCUCGCCGGUGGAUCUUGCUCUAAUCCGGGAUUGUUUCCCCUCACCCCCCCUCCCCUGCCGCGCGACUCCCCAUGUUCCCCGACGCCGGGACCGGCCCGGGGGGGCCCAGGGCUGCCGCUGCGAGCCGAGCCGGGGGCCGGGGCCCUGCCCGGGGCGCCUGCGAAGUCUCGCCGCGGAACGCUCGUGCGGAUCAAUGAAAGGAGGCUCAGAUGAGCCCCUGCUGACUUGAGAGAGAAAGAGAGACCACGCUGGUUGCUGAGAGGAACUGGAAGAAGAAAAAAAAAAAAAUCCCCAAACUCAGUGAGAAGAGCUCUCUCACCAUGAGUAGCGCUGUGUUGGUGACUCGCCUGCCAGACCCCAGCAGCAGCUUCCGCGAAGAUGCCCCCCGACCCCCGGUUCCAGGGGAAGAAGGGGAGACCCCACCGUGCCAGCCUGGGCUGGGAAAGGGCCAGGUCACCAAACCCACGCCUGUCUCCUCCAACGCCAGGCGGAAUGAGGAUGGGCUGGGGGAGCCUGAGGGGCGCGCAUCCCCGGAUUCCCCUCUGACCAGGUGGACCAAGUCGUUGCACUCCUUGUUGGGCGAUCAAGAUGGUGCUUAUCUCUUCCGGACUUUCCUGGAGAGGGAGAAAUGCGUGGAUACCUUAGAUUUCUGGUUCGCCUGCAAUGGAUUCAGGCAGAUGAACCUGAAGGAUACCAAAACUUUGCGAGUAGCCAAAGCCAUCUACAAAAGGUACAUCGAGAACAACAGCAUCGUCUCCAAGCAGCUGAAACCUGCCACCAAGACCUACAUACGAGAUGGCAUCAAGAAGCAACAGAUUGAUUCCAUCAUGUUUGACCAGGCGCAGACCGAGAUCCAGUCGGUGAUGGAGGAAAAUGCCUACCAGAUGUUUUUGACUUCUGAUAUAUACCUCGAAUAUGUGAGGAGUGGGGGAGAAAACACGGCGUACAUGAGUAACGGGGGACUGGGCAGCCUAAAGGUCGUGUGUGGCUAUCUCCCCACCUUGAAUGAAGAAGAGGAGUGGACUUGUGCUGACUUCAAGUGCAAACUUUCACCCACUGUGGUUGGCUUGUCCAGCAAAACUCUGAGGGCUACAGCAAAUGUGAGGUCCACGGAAACGGCUGAAAAUGGGUACAGGUCCUUCAAGAGGAGCGAUCCUGUUCACCCAUACCACGUAGGUUCUGGCUACGUCUUUGCACCAGCCACCAGUGCCAAUGACAGCGAGAUAUCCAGCGAUGCACUGACCGAUGACUCCAUGUCCAUGACGGACAGUAGCGUAGAUGGAAUCCCUCCUUACCGUGUGGGGAGUAAGAAACAGCUCCAGAGAGAAAUGCAUCGCAGCGUGAAGGCCAAUGGCCAAGUGUCUCUACCUCAUUUCCCGAGAACCCACCGCCUGCCCAAGGAGAUGACCCCCGUGGACCCCGCCGCCUUCGCUGCGGAGCUGAUCUCCAGGCUGGAGAAGCUACAGCUGGAGCUGGAAAGCCGCCACAGCCUGGAGGAGCGGCUGCAGCAGAUCCGAGAGGAUGAAGAGAAGGAAGGCUCUGAGCUACCGCUGGGCUCGCGGGACGGGGUGCCCGCCCAGCACCCCCUUUCCCUCCUGCCCUCUGGCAGCUAUGAGGAGGACCCACAGACGAUUCUGGACGACCAUCUGUCCAGGGUCCUUAAGACCCCCGGCUGCCAGUCCCCCGGCGUGGGCCGCUACAGCCCCCGCUCCCGCUCCCCGGACCACCACCACCACCCGCAGUACCACCCCCUACUCCCGCCUGGGGGCAAGUUGCCCCCCGCCGCAGCCUCUCCGGCCAGCUGCCCCCUCCUUGGGGCCAAGGGCUUCGUGACCAAGCAGAUGACGAAGCAUGUACACCACCACUACAUUCACCACCACACCGUCCCCAAAACCAAGGAGGAGAUCGAGGCGGAGGCUGCCCAGAGGGUGCGCUGCUUCUGCCCCGGGGGUCCUGAGUUUUACUGCUACCCGAAAUGUAAAAGCCACCCCAAGGCUCCGGAGCCCGGGCCAGCAGAGCAGUUUGGCGGCAGCAGAGGCAGCACCCUGCCCAAGCGCAGUGGCAGAGGCACGGAGCCGGGCCUGGCCCCGCUGGCCAGGGAAGGAGCCGGGGCGCUGCAGCUGCCCGGGGAGGAAGGAGACAGGUCUCAGGACGUCUGGCAGUGGAUGCUGGAGACUGAGCGGCAGAGCAAGCCCAAGCCCCAUAGUGCCCAAAGCACAAAAAAGGCCUACCCCUUGGAGUCUGCCCGUGCAUCUCCAGCUGAGCGAGCCGGCCGGCACCACCUGUGGGGGGGCAGCAGCGGGCACCCCCGCGCGGCCCCCCGUGCCCACCCGUUCACCCAGGACCCUGCAAUGCCUCCCCUGACCCCACCCAACACCCUGGCCCAGCUGGAGGAGGCCUGCCGCAGGCUGGCUGAGGUGUCGAAACCCCCGAAGCAGCGGUGCUGCGUGGCCAGUCAGCAGAGGGACAGGAAUCACUCAGCCACUGGUCAGACAGGAACCACACCCUUCUCCAGCCCAAGCCUGGCUUCAGAAGGCCACAAAGAGCCAAAGAAACCAGCAGGGGUCCACACGCUCCAGGCCAGCGAGUUGGUUGUCACCUACUUCUUCUGUGGAGAAGAAAUUCCAUAUAGGAGGAUGCUGAAGGCUCAGAGCUUGACCCUAGGCCACUUUAAAGAGCAGCUCAGCAAAAAGGGAAAUUAUAGGUAUUACUUCAAAAAAGCAAGCGACGAGUUUGCCUGUGGAGCAGUUUUUGAGGAGAUCUGGGACGAUGAGAUGGUGCUGCCCAUGUAUGAAGGCAGGAUUCUGGGCAAAGUGGAGCGGAUCGACUGAGCCGUGUGGGUCUGGCUUUGGCGAGCUGUGGGGCCAAAGCCCCCAUGAAAGGCCUCAGACGUGAGCGGCCGCGAUGAAACAUUUUUGAAGGAAAAGAAACAAUGAAGACAAAAGUCUAGGGAAGAAUUGGCCACUGGGCCUUGGGGGAGGGUGCGGGGAGGUUGGUUUUCAUUAAUCACAAGCUGGGUACUGAGAUAAGAAAAGCCUGAACUAUUUAUUAAAAACAUGACCACUCUUGGCUAUUGAAGAAGCUGACUGUAUUUGAGAGACUGCCAUACAUAAUAUAUGACUUCCUAGGGAUCUGAAAUCCAUAAACUAAGAGAAACUGUGUAUAGCUUACCUGAACAGGAAUCCUUACUGAUAUUUAUUGAACAAUUGAUUAUCCCUGUCCCCAGUUUAUGGAUAUGCUGCUUUUAAACAUGGAAGGGGGAGAGGAAGUUUUCAUUGUUCUGUCUAAACUUAGGAGUUGAGCUUAGGAGCGCAUUAAUGCUUUCUUCAUUAAAAGAGGAAUUUGUGCUCUGCCCUGCGUUUCUCCAAGUGAAGAUAGACUUUUCUUAAAUGGUGCCCUGCCAUUGACACAUGCAGAAAUUGGUGCAUUUUUAUUCUUUCCUAUGCUGCUCUAUUUUGUCACAAAGGUCUUGAGGUUUGACUUAACAUUACAACAUCACCGCCAUUUUGGGGUCAUCAUGUCGGAUGGGGUGAUCCAUUGCAGAGGAGGGGAGGCCUCCCUGGGGCCCCAGAGUCAUCCUGUAACUUCUUGUAGCUGUCCACCAAGGCCCAGCACCCAGUGGCUGAGGCCUGCUCGAACCUUGUGGUUCCACGUGUGAUUUUUAUUGAAAUAAUUCCUUGGAGUUGUUUUCUCUUUUUUAAAAAAAAAAAAUUAGUCUUUGGACCCGAGCCAUUCUGGAAACUACCCCGCCUGCCCUGCAAAGAAGCGAACAGUUGUGGGAAGACCUAGCAGCACCCAUUCCUCCAGACACCUUCAUCUUGACGUUUGGGUUUUUGUGUUGUUAAUCUGUACAUUCUGUUUGCCAUUGUUACCUGUACUAUACGUCUGUAUAUAUCGUACGACAAAAGAGUAUUAAUCCACUAUCUCUAGUGCUUGACUUUGAAUCAGUACAGUACCUGUACCUGCACGGUGUCGCACUCCGUGUGUCGCCCUAUAUUGAGGGCUCCAGCUUUCCCUUGUUUUUUGAAAGGGGUUUAUGUAUAAAUCUAUUUUAUGCCUUUUUAUUACAAGUCUUGUACUCAAUGACUUUUGCCAUGGCAUUUUGUUCUACUUAAACUGUAAAUUAUGCAUUAUAAAGAGUUCAUUUAAGGAAAAUUACUUGGUACAAUAAUUAUUGUAAUUAAGAGAUGUAGCCUUUAUUAAAGUUUUAUAUUUUUCAAAA